UGCAUAUGUAUCCCGUGUGAAGCUGAUUGUUCUUCCAUUCUCUCUCUCUCUCUCUACUUUCGCUGUGAAACGGAGGGACAUCUUCGUUGGUAGAGUCCAACUUGGAUACUGUGGAGAAUAAUCUGAGUCUUCUUCAUAAAUACGUGCUGGAAUUCUUCUCCUCCGUUGCUACAGCGCCAGUGCGAACUUUCUUCCAUUGGCCGUCGUCUCCGUUUGGCGCAGUGGAAAAAAGGCUAAGCAUGAAGAUUGGUGGAAGCACUGAAUAGAGGAGGAAUCAAAUUCCAUUUUUUUGUGGAGAAGAGUUCACACGUUGGAAUUUGGUGUCAACUAUGGCAUCAUCUUCCUGGAUCACCACACUUUCCUGCUCCAUCUAUGUGGUGCAAUCGUCGAGCAGUUCAUCUGUAUCUUCCACGGUCAUUCAAUGGCUGAGAUUCAUUUUUCUCUCCCCCUGUCCCCAAAGAGCUCUCCUGUCUAUUGUGGACGUUAUUUUCUUAAUUCUGAUACUCGCCUUCGCUGUUCUUAAGCUGAAAUCGAGAUCGGCUUCUAGUAGUCAACACAAUUCUGAGAUUCACGAUCCUCUCAUUGGAAACAAGAGAGUUGUUGUAAGCACCAAUUUAUGGUUUAGAAUCACUCUCUCUGCCACAGCAAUCUUGGCAGUUUGCUCCACUGUCUUAUGCAUUUUGGCCUUUGUUAGAGGUGCUGAAUUUCCAUGGACGACAAUAGAUGGUUUGUAUUGGCUGUUUCAAGCAUUGGCUCAUGCAGUGAUUGUUGUUUUGAUUGCUCAUGAGAAGAGGUUCAAAGCAGCCACACAUCCAUUGAUUCUUCGGAUAUAUUGGAUUGUGGAAUUUGUCAUUCUAACACUCUUAUUUGCAUCUGCUCUUGUGAGAUUGAUCUCUUUUCAGGGCAGUGGUUCUGAUUUGAGAGCAGACGACAUUGGUUCGAUCAUCGUGCUCCCUUUCUCAAUUAUCCUUGUUAUUGCAGCGGUACGAGGCUCUACCGGUGUUGAGCUUUCGAUUUCUGAUUCAGACAUGAUAUCUAAUGACAUAUCGGAUCCUCUGUUGGAUAAAUCAAAUGUAACUGGCUAUGCUUCUGCGUCGAUCUUGUCUAUCGCAUUUUGGUUUUGGAUGAAUCCUCUUCUAGAGAAGGGUCGUAAAGAGCCCCUCAAAAUCGAUGAUGUACCUUCUCUUGCAACGGAGCACAAAGCCGAGCUAUUGUCGCAGAGGUUUCUAAGGAACUGGCCGAAGCCAGAGGAGAAAUCUAAGCACCCUGUCCUCAAGACAUUGGUUCGAAGCUUUUGGCUGCACCUUGUCUUAACUGCUCUUCUUGCAGUACUUCGACUUUCGGUGUUGUACAUUGGACCUACUCUCAUCCAGAAAUUCGUUGCUUAUACUUCCGGGGAUAGGAGUUCUCCUUUUGAAGGAUACUACCUUGUUGGCAUUCUAUUGAUGGCCAAGUGUGUCGAGGUUAUGAGCUCUCAUCAAUUCAACUUCCAUACGCAGAAACUAGGAAUGCUUAUCCGUUCAACGCUUAUUACUUCUUUGUAUAGGAAAGGUUUGAGGUUGUCCGGAUCUGCCAGACAGGAUCAUGGAGUUGGACAGAUUGUAAACUACAUGGCAGUGGAUGCUCAACAGCUUUCAGACAUGAUGUUGCAGCUGCAUUACUUGUGGCUUAUGCCAUUGCAGAUUCUGGUGGCUUUGUGCAUCCUUUAUCAGUACCUUGGGGUGUCUACACUUGCAGCGUUCGCGGGACUCGCUGUAAUAAUUCUUUUUGUGUUGUUUAGCAACAAGAGGAACAAUUGGUUCCAGUUCAAUCUUAUGAAGAAUCGGGACUCGAGAAUGAAGGCUACGAACGAAAUGCUGAACUACAUGAGGGUGAUCAAAUUCCAGGCAUGGGAAGAACACUUCAAGAAAAGGAUUCAAUCGUUUCGGGAGAUUGAAUAUGGAUGGCUGACCAAAUUUACGUUCACUCUGUCUGGAAAUAUCAUCGUUCUUUGGAGCACGCCGGCAGCUAUUGCAACCAUCACUUUCGGAAGCGCGCUCCUGUUUGGCUUCCCGCUUACGGCGUCUACAGUCUUCACGGCAACCUCGCUGUUGAAGUUGUUGCAGGAGCCAAUCAGGACUUUCCCGCAAUCACUUAUCUCACUUUCACAGGCUGUCAUUUCUCUUGAAAGGCUCGAUCGGUUCAUGACUAGCAAGGAGUUGGUGGACGACUGUGUGGAACGAGUUGAGGGCUGCGAUGGAGAUGUUGCUGUGGAAGUGAAGAAUGGGAGCUUCAGCUGGGAAGACGACAAUGGAGGCGAAGCCUUGAAAUGCUUAAAUAUCAAUAUAAGGAAAAAGGAACUUGCAGCUAUAGUUGGGACAGUGGGAUCAGGGAAGUCUUCUGUUCUUGCCGCGAUUCUCGGCGAAAUGAACAAACUAUCGGGAAAGGUUAGAGUAUGCGGAAGCACUGCCUACGUUGCGCAAACAGCGUGGAUUCAGAAUGGGACGAUUGAAGAAAAUAUACUGUUUGGCUUGCCAAUGAACCGGCAAAGAUACAAGGAGGCUAUCCGCGUUUGCUGCUUGGAGAAAGACUUAGAGGUUAUGGAGUUUGGAGAUCAAACUGAGAUCGGGGAGCGCGGCAUCAAUCUCAGCGGCGGCCAGAAACAGAGGAUUCAACUUGCCCGAGCAGUUUAUCAGGAUUGUGAUAUUUACUUACUGGAUGAUGUGUUUAGCGCCGUCGAUGCUCAUACCGGAUCAGAAAUAUUCAAGGAAUGUGUUAGAGGAAGUCUUAGAGACAAGACCAUCCUACUAGUAACUCACCAAGUCGAUUUCUUGCACAAUGUCGACCAGAUCUUGGUUAUGAGAGAAGGAAUGAUUGUGCAAUCUGGUAAGUACAACAACCUACUCGAAUCCGGCAUGGAUUUCAAGGCCUUAGUAUCUGCCCACGAAGCCUCCAUGGAACUUGUUGAUGUGGAAACAAGCGAGAGCAAACCUUCCCCGGCUGUCACCACUCAACGUUCGUUCAAACAAGAAGAAAAUGGCGGCAAUGAUUCGCAAGAACAUGGCGACUCCCAUGGGAGAAGCUCUAAGCUUAUUAGGGAAGAAGAAAGAGCUCAAGGGAGAGUCAGCUUGCAAGUUUACAAGCAAUACUGCGCCGAGUCGUUUGGUUGGUGGGGAGUUGUGGGGAUGAUCUUCUUCUCGAUAACAUGGCAGGGAACUCUAAUGUCGAGCGACUACUGGUUAGCUUACGAAACUUCAGAUGAUAAAGCGUCGUCGUUCAGUCCAUCCCUUUUCAUUACAGUGUAUGCUAUCCUCUCCGGACUUGCCAUUCUCCUGGUUCUUGCAAGAACCAUGCUCGCUGCGGUUAUGGGACUAAAGACCUCUCAGAUCUUCUUCAGACAAAUCCUACACAGCAUUCUGCACGCUCCCAUGUCAUUCUUCGACACCACGCCGUCUGGAAGGAUUUUAACUCGGGCGUCGACAGAUCAGACGAAUGUCGACGUUCUUAUCCCUUUUUUUACAAGCAUCACCCUUUCUAUGUAUAUGACACUGCUGAGCAUCAUCAUCAUCACUUGUCAAUACGCAUGGCCUACUUUUAUCCUUGUGGUUCCGCUCCUUUGGCUUAACAUCUGGUACCGGGGCUAUUAUCUAUCCACGUCGCGCGAACUGACUCGAUUGGAUUCGAUCACAAAGGCACCGGUCAUUCAUCAUUUCUCCGAGAGCAUCACUGGAGUAAUGACGAUUCGCUGCUUCAGGAAGCAGGGGAGCUUCUGCAACGAAAAUGUGAAUCGUGUGAAUGCGAAUCUUCGAAUGGAUUUUCACAACAACGGAUCGAACGAAUGGCUGGGAAUUCGUCUCGAGCUAAUCGGAUGCUUCAUUCUAUGCAUGUCCGCGCUGUUCAUGAUCAUCCUCCCUAGCAGCAUCAUCAAGCCAGAGAACGUCGGCUUGGCUCUCUCCUACGGAUUGUCUCUCAACGCGGUGAUGUACUGGUCUGUAUACACGAAUUGCUUCCUCGAAAACAAGAUGGUUUCGGUCGAGAGGAUUAAACAGUUCACGGUGAUACCAUCCGAGGCCGAGUGGACGAAAAAGGACCCUCUUCCUCCACCUAACUGGCCGUCACAAGGCAACGUCGAGCUCAACAACUUGCAGGUCAGAUACCGUCCGGACACACCUUUAGUACUUAAAGGGAUCACUUUAAACAUAACCGGAGGCGAGAAGAUUGGUGUCGUUGGGCGGACAGGCGGGGGCAAGUCUACUCUGAUUCAGGUCUUGUUUCGACUGGUCGAGCCAUCGGAUGGGAAGAUAAUCAUCGAUGGAAUCGACAUCUCUACGUUAGGCCUUCAUGACCUCAGGUCCCGAUUCGGGAUUAUUCCUCAAGAGCCGGUUCUCUUCGAAGGAACUGUGCGAAGCAACAUAGAUCCCACAGAGCUGUACACAGACGACGAAAUAUGGCAGAGCCUCGAACGAUGCCAGCUUAAGGAUGUCGUGGCUGCGAAGCCAGGGAAGCUCGACUCGCCGGUCCUGGACAACGGAGACAACUGGAGCGUGGGGCAGAGGCAGCUGCUGUGCUUAGGGAGAGUGAUGCUGAAACGAAGCCGGCUGCUAUACAUGGACGAAGCGACGGCGUCGGUGGACUCGUACACGGAUGGAGUGAUCCAGAAGAUCAUCAGGGAGGACUUUGCUGCGUGCACUAUCAUCAGCAUUGCCCACAGAAUACCGACCGUGAUGGACUGCGACCGCGUGCUCGUCAUCGAUGGAGGAAGAGCAAAGGAGUUCGACAAACCGGGUCGGCUGCUGGAAAGGCCGUCGCUGUUUGGGGCGUUGGUCCAAGAGUACGCGAAUAGAUCGUCGGAGGUUUGAAAUGUAUUCUCGACUAUGGAGAUGGAGGAGGAUUGGGUUCUCUUACUUACUUGAAAUGAAAUGAGUGAAAAGAUCGAUUAAUGAUGCAUUUAUGGCAUGGCAUGACAUUCUUGUGGUUGGAGUUGGAGAGGGAUAAUGAGGAGUAAAGAACUUAAGACGAAUGUAAUAAGUUAUGCAUUUACGUACGUACUUACCAUUUCAUUUCAUUUCAUUGUGGCUAAAUACCAUCUUUUUGUUUCCUUUUAAAUUACUACUACUAGGAUUUAACUAAAUUUAAUAUUGGACUCCAA